CCGCCGCUGAGGGCCGGAAGAUGGCGCCGCCCAGACGCGGCCGGACCCGUCGGCGCUGGUGGUUCCCGGCCGGGGCUACCCCGUCUUGAAGGCACCUUCGGGGCGGUUGUCCCGACUGCUCCGGUGCCUCGGUGCUGACGGAGAUGGACCAGCGCCUGGUCGAGCUGGUGGAGGAGCUCACCACCUCGGGGGAACCGCGGCUGGAGCCCGGCAGGAUGAAGGAGCUGAAGAAGAUCUGCAAGUCGUCGGAGGAGCACAUCAGCCACGCCUACCACCUGCUGCUGACGCGGCUGCAAGAGGAGCACGCCGAGAUGCGCUUCUCCGCCUUCCAGGUCGUGCAGGAGCUGUUCGCUAGGUCCCACCAGUUCAGGACGCUGCUUAUCUCCAACUUCCAGGAGUUCCUGGAGCUCACGGUGGGGAUAGACCACGAUCAGCCCCUUCCCCCGCCCAAAGAGGUGGCGCAGAAGCUGAGGAAAGCGGCCAUAAAGGCAGUGCAAGACUGGCACGAGAAGUAUGGGGAGGCCUACAAGCAGCUUUCCCUGGGAUACCACUUCCUAAAGCAGAAUAAAAAGGUGGAUUUUCAGGAUGUGCAUGCCAGAACUGUGGCUGAAAGGAGGAGGGAGGAGGAGAAACAAAAACGACUGGAGAACAUUUACAAAGAAAAAGUCAAAAGAACUGAAAAAGAAAUGGAAGAAAUGUCCCAAGAGAUUGCUGAUACGCUGACAGAGAUGGAAAACUGUUUCCAGCUUCUGAUGCCAGAUCCUUUCAAUUUUGCGGUGAACAACGUGGAACCGGAGCUCAGCGAACAAAUGUCUGCUAAUGAGGCUGGACCUGCAUCCCCCUUGUCCUCCCAGGGGGAAGUUUACCCAUCCUAUUUGGGGUGCAUGGAUGAUGAACAGCCAUGCUGCAGCAAGGACAUUCUUCCUGUUUCUCAGUGUGUUACACCUGAUAGAAACAAAGAGGUACAUGAGAAGCCUGAGCAAAAGGAGCUGGAUGGAGGGACAUGCUCGGAUGUUCAAUCCAGUGGCCCUGCUCUUGAUGACGACGAUUACCAGACUUUUGUUAGGAACCAUGGGCUUAUUUCACAUAAGUAUACUCUAGACCUUGAAAUCUCCACAGAUAUAAAAGUGCAAGAGAAUGAAGAUAAUACUGCCAUCAUAAAUAGUGUCAUGGAUGCUCACAAACUUCUCAGAAAUAAGUUCUGGCCUUCUGUGCAGUCAUGGAUUCAGCUACUUACCAGAGCAGGAAUCAAUGAUGAUCGGCUAAGAUGCGCCAUUGAACUCAAGAAUAAAUUGGAGACUGCUAUGAAGAAAUACAAGGAAAUGAACAUUUCCUUUAAAGCAAGAAAAGGAAAAGUGAUGAAAGCCUCAGAUGAUGAUGAUGACGAUGAGGAUGAAGAUGAAUUUGUGGAGGUCCCUGAGAAGGAAGGUUAUGAGCCCCACAUUCCAGACCACCUGCGUAAGGAAUAUGGGCUUGAACCCAAGUCACCUCCAAAAGCCCUGGUGGCGAAGGCAUCGACAGGAGCAGCUCCGCUGAGCUCCCACACUCAGCUCAAAGGGAAUGAGGAUGAACUCGAUCCAACCUGUGCAGCUGCCACUCUGAAACUUAUUAGAGACAAGCUACCAAAGCUACCACCUCCUCAUGCCAGUGAAUCUGCAAGUACUGCGACAGCAGAUGUGGAAGAUCUUGACAGUAAAAGAAGAAAACUAGAAGAAAGAGCUAAAGCUCCCCUCAUGCCUUUUGGAUUAGAUCUUCACUACUGGGGAGAGGAUCAGCCAAGUGCUGGGAAGAUUCUCAAAUUUACCUCUGAGCAUCGAUUUUGGGCACCCUGUGAAGUAGAGGAAGAAGUGGAAAAUAAAGAAAUAACAGAAAUGUUAAAAACCAGGUAUAUAACAUUUGCUGGCAAGUUUGAACCGGUAAAACAUAAAUGUCGAGCACCAAUGCCUGAUGGAAGUCUGUGUGAAAGACAAGAUCGGAUUAAGUGCCCUUUCCAUGGAAAGAUAAUACCUCGGGAUGACUCUGGGAUUCCUGUAAAUGCAGAGGACAGAGCCAGAGAAGAGAAGAUAAAGUUUGAGAAGCAAGCGGCCCAGCCAGAGUGGCGAGAUCCAGAAUUUAUGAGAGAAGUUGAAGCUGCUACAGGACUGGAUCUUGGUUCCUCUAAAAGUAAUGGAAAAGGACAGAAAAAGAAAGGGAAGAAGCAAAAAUAUCCAAAUCUGACAGACCUGAAGCAACAGGCUAACACUUCUCGUUCCCGGCUUGAGAAGAAAGUCUUCAACAAAGGUGCCAUGAACCGGGUCGUGAAAGCCAUGAACCGGGUGGACCAAAGGAAGCAUGAGAAGUUUGCCAACCAGUUUAAUUAUGCUCUGAAUUAAAUUGUUAAUCACCUUUGUCCUUCUUUUAUUACAAAAGUGCAACUGCAAAACCCUUAAUCAAAGAUAUUUGUAUUUACACUACAAUACUUUGCUAGGCACAUUGUUACAGGUGUCAUUUUUAAAUUGUUUCCAAGUUUAACUUAUUUGAUAAUGAAUAUUAAUUUUGGGAAAGAUGUGGUAGAAUAGAAUGGAAUGUAUUUAAAAAGUUUAUAAUUAUUUGAAAUAUACAUGAAAUAGAGGUAUUUUAUGACUUGUACAUAAUUGGGGUAAACUGUUCAGGUUUUGGGGCUUGAUUCUUUUCCUUCCUAAGGGACUCAUGUAAUUUAUACCUCCUUUGCCAGCAUGUGUGUUUAAUUUUCCAGUUUUCUGCCCUCAGAUAAAAAGAUACCUUAAAAACAAUUUGAUUGCUGCCAGGAAUGGCAAUGCACAGAGCAUUUGCUCAGCCUACUGCUGUAUAAAGUGAGCCACAUCAAGGAGCACAGCAGCUCCUGCAGUACCUCUACAAACAUCUUGGUACACAAAAAAAAAAACAAAUCUGAACCAAUUGCUGCCUUCAGAUGAGGAAUGGAGCAGAGUUUGAUUUCUGCAAACUGAAUUCCAGGAGCUAAGUCAAUCCUGGUAGCUGCGGCACAGAUGGAAAAGCUGAAAUGGCAAAGAGCAUCCUGGCCUGCUUCUUGUCUUCCCAAGAUGGUAUCCCAAUAUCUUUCAGAACUACUCCUGGAAAGCACAUUGUGAAAGUCUGUAGAUAGACACAGAAAAUGCUCCAGUUUAACUGCUGUCAAAAAAGCUCAAAGUAUGAAGUGAAAAUAAGAGGUUUAAAAAAAUCAUUCAAGUGACACACUGAUCUAGUGGCAGUAGUGAACUGCCUGGCUUGGAUCAGAUAAAAUUACACCAGGCUAAGCCUGAGAGUGUGUCUAAGGACCCAGAAACAAACACAAACAUUUGGACUCCUCUAGCUCCAGAGAGUUAAUGUGCAGGUGGAUCCAGUGUGGGUAGUAGUUCUUGGCUGGGUACUUAAACAAAUCUCCCAAACUUGUUUGCUGGCUAUAGUCAAGGAGAGUGAAUGAAACAAUGACCAGUUGUGCUCUUGCAACAUUUCAUACAGCUUUAUGGGUAAAGAAAACCCAGACAAUCAGGAAGGUGGUGUUUAAAAAUCAAUUUCAAAGUGACCCACAAAAGUCUUCAAUAAAAUACUCAUUACAAAUUAGAAUGGAUUCUCUAUAGCAUGGGCUUAGUCACUCACCUGUUGGAGGUGUUUCCGCAUGGUAAGGAGACUCUAAGAGUUAAAACUUUGGAAAGUGGUAACAACUGAGUGUAGCUUCUGACCACCUCAGACACAAGCUAAUUUACAGUUCUGCCAAGUACUUUCUGACUUGCACAAGUACUGCAUAGAAAGCAAUUAAUGCUGUCUUUUGAUGAUUUAUCUUGCAAGAGCUCUGUAAUUUGGACAGGUUGAUGUACUUCUGAAAUACCAAAAAUAAAACAAAUAAAGAGCCAGAAUUUCGCAUAAUAUUUACUGACUGCGCUGGAAAGUAAAAUCACUUCUACUAAUGUGGCAGUGAAGAUUUCAGGUGAAAACGUGGAUAAGGACAAACCACGUUCAUCAUCAAGUCAAUUGAAUCAGCUGCUAAACUGAUUUGAUUUCAUACUAAAGACAAAGUUGCACACCCACAAAAAAAUAGGAAACAUACAAACACAACAACUGUCCCACCUCACAUAUGAGAAUGUGAUAGUGAUCAUUGGGUGCUGGGAUCCCCAAACUUAACUGACACUUGCUGAUUAAUGUUCAAAGAGCCACAUCUUUCUCUGAAGGUCCAGUAUACCUUCACUAAAUAGAAGUCCUUUUAAGUUCAAAAAUUCAAAAUAGAUCAGUCUACCUUUUAGAUUCAUCACACAUUUUGUGUGUCAGUUUACUUAGAGCAAUUUACAAAUUUGAGCUCCCUGGGCUCACCGGUUCAAAUGUUGCCCAACUGUCCCUGUGACAUUUCUACUGGAACUUUUCUGUUCCUGUCCUCAGGGCUUCUGGGAAAAAAAAAAAUAAAUACAAGUAUCAUUCACAUAA